UAAUUGAUAUCCUGGGGAAUUAUUGUGUACAAUAAUCAAGAAAAAUCUUCAUUUCUAAUUCUAUUAUGUGGGAAAAAAAAAAGCUCUUUUUUCUGCCUGCAUAAAACAAACCCCACUUCCACAUGGAAUAAGCUCCAGACCAUGUUUUCUAUUAUGCUUGAAUAUAUGGGACAUGCAUUGCAAUCCUAUGCUUGCCACACUGCUGCAGUAUACUUGUUUUGCAGAGCUCUGUAGCAGGCUAGUCAAAGCUGUGACUAACCAGACCCUUGGAUACAUACUCAAAUCUCUGGCCUUGAUUUUUACAAUGCAUUUGAUUUGUUCAUUGAUGGUAUAUUUUUUCUGAUUUGUGAGAAGCUUCAUGCUCUGUGUUUGGAUGCUGACUGCAAUACAGCAAUAGUCUUUGAUACGAGUCACAGUGUACACUUUGUGGGGAGCCUGAAGAUUUGGAUUCUCUAACAGGGCAUGCAUUUCAAGAGCUGCAAGUGUUAUGGGCAUGUUGAGAACUUCCAGAAGCUGGAUUAAAGCAUCUCUUUUACAAUGAUAUCUAAUCUCGUCCUAAAGCUCCAAGCAAUGGCGAGUCCACCAGCUCCCCUGAAGAAGAGGGUGGCGAUCUGCUCAAGUCGGGCUUCAGUUUUCCAGGGACGCCAGAGGAGGAGCUAGACCAGCAGUACUCAUGGUCGCCUUCUCGGCACUUCAAUGAAGAAAGAUACUCUCCUGCUCCGAGGAAUAUGAAAGGAUUAUCUGGUAGUCGCAACCAACCACAGUUAUGUUCAGCUCAUACUUGUGGCUUAGCAUCCCCUGAAGAUUGUGAACACACCCACGACCAUAUCCACCAUGGGCAGGAGCCAAGGCAAUCGUAUCUUCUCAGCCCCACGGAGAGUUGCCCGAUGGACCACCAUCGUUGCUCGCCGCGCAGCUCCAUUCAUUCUGAAUGCAUGAUGAUGCCCAUGGUAAUGGGCGAUCACAUGUCAAGUAGCACCUUCCCCAGAAUGCACUACAGCUCACAUUACGACUCAAGAGACGACUGCGCCAUGUCUCACGGUAACCCUAAGAUUAACCGUAUUCCUGCAAAUCUUUUGGACCAAUUUGAGAAACAACUUCCUCUUCACCGGGAUGGGUUUCACACUUUACAAUAUCAGAGGACCUCAACAGCUGCGGAACAACGCAGUGAGAGCCCGGGAAGAAUACGCCAUCUCGUUCAUUCAGUCCAGAAACUUUUUACUAAAUCUCAUUCUCUGGAAGGAUCGUCCAAGGGCAACGUUAAUGGAACAAAGGGAGACAGUCGAGGGGACGACCAUCAUCAUGGGCACCAUUCCAAGCAUAGCAAAAGGAGUAAAAGUAAGGAGCGAAAACCAGAAAGCAAGCAUAAAUCUGGCAUGAGCAGCUGGUGGAGCUCUGAUGAUAAUUUGGACAGUGAUAGCACUUACCGAACCCCUAGUGUGGUAAAUAGGCACCAUGCAGAUCAUAUAUCCCAUUGCUACCCUGAGGCACUCCAGGGACAUUUUGGGGAUCUCUCAUUGAAGACUUCCAAAAGUAACAAUGACGUGAAAUGUUCGGCUUGUGAAGGGCUAGCAAUGACCCCCGACGGUAAAUAUAUGAAAAGGAGUUCUUGGUCCACGCUUACAGUAAGUCAGGCUAAAGAAGCUUAUCGCAAAUCAUCAUUGAACUUAGAUAAGCCUCUGGUUCAUCAGGAAAUCAAACCUUCCUUGAGGCCGUGCCAUUACCUUCAGGUACCUCAGGAUGAAUGGGGAGGAUACCCAGCAGGUGGGAAAGACGAAGAGAUCCCCUGCAGAAGAAUGAGAAGUGGGAGCUAUAUUAAGGCAAUGGGAGAUGAAGAAAGUGGCGACUCUGAUACUAGCCCCAAGACAUCACCAAAAUUAACGGUUCGACCAGAGUCAUUAUUAAAAUCCAUUGGACAAAGACCACUGGGAGAUCAUCAAAAUCAGAGCUACCUUCAAACUGCAAGUGACGUGCCUGGGGGUCACAACCUGGAUCCCUCUGCAAACUACAAUUCCCCAAAGUUUCGCUCAAGGAAUCAGAGCUAUAUGAGAGCAGUGAGCACGCUCAGUCAGGCCAGCUGUGUUAGUCAGAUGAGUGAAGCAGAGGUUAAUGGGCAAUUUGAAUCGGUGUGUGAAUCAGUGUUUAGUGAAGUUGAAGCUCAGGCAAUGGAUGCCCUUGACCUCCCUGGAUGUUUCCGAACAAGAAGCCACAGUUACUUGCGUGCCAUUCAGGCAGGCUAUUCCCAAGAUGAUGAAUGUAUACCUGCGAUGGCAUCUUCCAACAUCACCUCAACUAUCAGGUCAACCACAGCUGUAACUUACACAAGUUACAAAAAAACACCGCCACCGGUACCCCCUCGUACCACUUCCAAGCCACUGAUCUCAGUCACGGCACAGAGCAGCACAGAAUCCACCCAGGACGCAUAUCACGACAGCCGGACUCAGAGGAUUUCCCCGUGGCCGCAGGACGGGCGAGGGAUGUACAACUCCACCGACAGUUUGGACAGUAACAAGGCCAUGAAUCUCGCCUUGGAAACUGCGGCUGCGCAGCGCCAUGCGUCCGAGAGCCAGAGCACCUCGAUACGAACCAGUGACAAGGCCAUUUUAGUCUCCAAAGCAGAGGAGUUUCUUAAGAGUCGACGUUCCUCUAUAGGGAUCCAGGUGGAAACAGCAACUGAUUCAGACACUGAAAGCAGAGGCCUACGGGAAUACCACUCUGUUGGAGUACAAGUGGAAGAUGAAAAACGACAUGGACGAUUCAAGCGCUCCAACAGUGUAACAGCAGCUGUCCAGGCUGACCUGGAACUGGAGGGCUUUCCAGGACACAUCACCAUGGAGGACAAGGGACUUCAGUUUGGCUCGUCAUUCCAGCAGCACUCAGAGCCCAGCACACCCACCCAAUACAGCGCAGUGAGAACUGUACGGACACAGGGACUGUUCAGUUACAGAGAAGAUUAUAGGACCCCAGUUGACACCUCAAACCUUCCACCACCAGAACCCUGGCUAGAGCCGGCCAUUGAGACAGUAGAGACUGGUCGAAUGUCUCCUUGUCGACGGGACGGAUCUUGGUUUAUGAAGUUGCUACAUACUGAAACUAAGAGAAUGGAAGGAUGGUGUAAAGAAAUGGAAAGAGAAGCAGAAGAAAAUGAUCUUUCUGAAGAAAUCCUAGGUAAGAUCCGAAGUGCUGUUGGAAGUGCUCAGCUCCUCAUGUCUCAGAAAUUCCAGCAAUUUUAUUGGCUUUGUCAGCAGAAUCUGGACCCGAGUGCCAUGCCGAGACCAACUUCCCAGGACCUCGCAGGUUUCUGGGACUUACUGCAGCUCUCAAUUGAAGACGUCAGCAUGAAGUUUGAUGAACUGCACCAGUUGAAACUCAAUGAAUGGAAAAUAAUAGAAUCACCUGAAAGGAAGCCAACUGGUUGGUGGAUGGAAGAAAGAAAGGUUCCUCCUCCUGUACCAAAGAAGCCCCCAAAAGGAAAAUUCCCUAUCACGAGAGAAAAAUCUCUGGACCUACCCGACAGACAGCGACAAGAAGCCAGAAGACGGCUAAUGGCUGCAAAGAGAGCAGCCUCUUUCCGGCAGAAUUCAGCCACAGAGCGCGCAGACAGCAUCGAGAUAUAUAUCCCAGAGGCUCAAACCCGGCUUUAAAGACAGAAUGCUGCAGAGUUCCUUUUUUAAACAAAAUGCUUGUACAGUUUGUCACUUACCUGGUAAUUUUUGUCUCAUUCUCUCCACUAAAUAUGCCCUUGCUGUUGUGUUCUUUGUGCCAUAAGCACAGUGGAAUGCUUUUGAUUUCCUCAGAAUUUGCUGAGCUCACCGCAAGAACGACUUCUUUUUGUAUUUAUUGUCUGACUUACAAUCAGCUACAAUGGAUAGGGCUUGUCAAGACCUGACUUAUCCAAUAUAUUCUCAGAGGACAACAAGAAACACCUCUUGAGAUGGAACCCAGCUUACUUUUUUGUUAUUUAUAUUUUUAUAAAAUGUGUGAUAAUUAGGGAUAAGAAUAACAAACUAUAAAUGGGUGCAUCUCACCAUUCACUAGAGGCAUUAGCUAAUCCAAGUAGAAGGUGCUACAAAUGUAAAGAGCAGGAAAGAAAGAACCCAUUUAUCUCUCUGACCUCCAGUCUCUUUUCCUAGAACCCAGCUAACAUAUUUACCCAUGUGCUCUGCCACUCUUCUCAUCUUUGUUACUGCAAAAUAACAUUAGGCCUUUCAUGUCAUGUCAAGUUUCUGGAGAUGAACAGGGAUAUCCAACCACUAAAACUCCAAAGUUCAUCAGAAACCAAGAAGCGUACAAGUCUGGUGGUGGUGGGAAUGCCCACUGAGACACGUUUGCCGUUAGCAGUAUAACGACACUCUGACACCUAAGCAAAAUUAUAAUGCAAGAGGACUUGAGUGAUGGGUGAAAAGAAAACGGAAGCCUUAAAAAGUUAGAUCUUCUGUAGCAAGAUGUGUAAAGAAAAAGUUAUACUCGCUCCUUUGGAACACUCAUUGCUUUUUUAACAGUUCUUUUACGUGUUAACGUUUAUUUUAUAAACCUUCUCUCUUUCAUUUCAAGAGCUGCGCUACAUGUAAUAUUUCAAACUCUCAAAAUGUUCUAUCAAUUGAGUUUCCAGGGUAUCCUUGAGAAAAAAAAAAAUAAUCUUGCUUGUUUAAAAUGCCAGUUGUGAUGUUGUAAACAGUUUAAGAAAUAUGAAUGUGAGUGGUAAGUAUAUCUAAGUUUAAAUGGUUAUGUUAAGGUAAAGGUGAACUGUGGUUUACAGUUGUAUUUUUUUUUAGAACUAUUUUUCUAUGCAGUAUUAUUUAUGGCAAGAAUAAGCUUCUUGCUUGCUUCAGACUUAAAACCACGACUCAAGAGAUAAGUGAUUUCCAGCCAUGGAAUACAAGGAAAAUAAUAUAUUUUCAAGCCUCACAUUGUCAGAAGAGAGAAGUGGUAACUACCACAGUCAAGAGGCUUUAAUUUAAAACAAAUUAAGACAGAAUUAUUCCACUUCACCUACCUUCCAGAGCCAACCGAGCAACCCAGCACUUAGAAGUCUUCAGGUGAAGACGCAAUAAGAUGAGUAACCUGCAGCCCCCGAUUCCCAGGUUUGAAUCCUACUGAACACUACUUUAGGUCAAAACAGUCUGAACCCAGUGAGACAGACAGCCCCAACUUUACCGCGUCCCCUCUUUACCUUCUUUAACAAAUGCAAUGUAUUUAGCCAUAGGCAGAACAGCUAUUUAAUUAUACUCGAGCACUUUGGUUCUUCACCUGAUGAGCACUUUAAGUCCGAAUCCCACGCACCCUGCAGCCUGAUGGAUGACUGAAAACACGAAGUAUUGUAGGUUAUGCAGAUCUGACGUUGCUUCAAAUCUGUUUUCUUUUGGUUUGGUUUGGUUGUUGUUUUUUUUCCUUCUCUUUUUCCUGCAAUGUGUAGUAUUAAGCAUGAGUUCUGUCUUUGGAGCACAGCUGAUAAAGCAUGUGUACCUUCAAGAUAUGAAUCUUUAGAAGUGAAGUUUUGAGACAUUUCUGUGAGGAGAAAACCCUGUAAAUUGAGCCUGAUAUCUGGUAUAUACCUUACCAAAUAGCCUUAAACUAUAUUUGGAAGCAAAAACCAAGAAGAAUGUAUAUCCUUCAAAAAUGAAAAAAAAAACAAAAAAAAAAGAAUAAAUCCCUGAGAUAUUCUUCUAUAGAUGAAAACAUUAUAUUUCCCAUCCCUCAUGUUUUCAAGGCAUUUUCUAUUAAGGAAAGAGCUGAAGCCAGGGUAGUGUACAAUAUUGAUGCUACUUCCUAUAUUUGUUGUACUAUUUUGAAUAUAAAUGUACUUGCAGGCAUUGGCCUCUUCGGUCUUGAAAACUGAUAUCUUAUUUAAAGUGGAGCUGCUAAUUAGAAAUAUCCAUGCCAAACUAAAGACAGUGUCUUUCCUAGAUUUAAGAAAUUAAAAAUAAACACACGCACCCCUGUACGUAUAUAUAGAGAUGGCAGCUGGUUCAUUUUAUUGAGUUUUACUGUACGCUUCAAGGAGAAAUCACACUUGACUUAUUUGCUUGAAAACCCCCACCUGCAGCAACACAUCAUGCGAUUAAGACAAGUUGUAUUUGAUCCUGCCACUAAUCAGACUUUAUAAAGAUAAAUUGUGAAAACAACAGAUUACAGAUAAGCUUAGAUCCCAGCUGACCUAAUAAUGCUGACGUGGAGCAGUCUGUAUAAGUCCUUAAUUUUAGAAUCAUACUUUGGUAGUUUUUUGGUGUGUUAACAUUUUAUUGGAUGUUCUCAGGCAAAUAAAGGCCUGUGUGAAUGACGCCAACCCUGUAUUUUACAUUUCCCAUGCCAUUAUUAGAAAAUGUUCAAUAUCAGCUUUGGAUAUCUAUGAUUUCCAUUUAUUCAACGUUUGUUCAAAAAAAAAAAUCAAAAGUAAACUAGAUGCCUACUGAAAAAUCUGAUAAUAUGUUAUCUGUGCAUGUUACAUUUCAAAGUGCAAUAUAUUAAAUUCUUGUACAGGUAACAUUCUAUCAUUUAAAGGCAAAUAAGCUAUUUCUAUUUACAUAUUGUACAUCUGGUUAGUUUAGAAAAACAUCGUUAUGCUUAUCAUACUUGUGUUGCAAAUAAAUCAAAGUCAAAUUGCUUUAGUCCUUGACAUGAGAAACACAGCAUGUGGUAUCUUAAUAUACAUGUAAACAGAUCAAUUGUAAUCUGACCUUCCAUCAUAAAAACGAAAUUCAGUUACAAAACCAACGUAGGAGGAACGUAAAAUAGCAUAAAGAUAGGAAGUAGAAUGCUUUCUACUUAGAGACAUCAUGGGGUAGACCCACACAGAACAGCUGGAUAUAGCAAAAUAGUCUAGUGUUUAACUGAAUACUAAUUGGACUAAUAUUUAUUUUAUCAGAUGAAAAUUAUAGAAAGUCUCUGUUCAUUUCUUCGUUGCCUGUAAAACACAAGUAUAAUAACCAGAAUUCUGAAAAUAUAAAUAAAGAAAAAGACCUGACUGGUAAAAUUGUUGAUAUUCGCCAUACUUAUUUUUGCUUUGUAUAUUUUUUCAGAUUUUAAAUUCUCUGUAAAGUGGUGAAGUACAUUAUGAAGUGUUUUAUUAUUUUGUGUUGACCUGAUUAGAAUGGCCUUUGGCAGCGUGCAAAGACUAAUAAUGUUGUACGGUUUAAUACCAAAAAAAUGACAUUUUAAUUCAUGCUUAAACCUUGUCAUGAUGUUAGAUUUGAGAUCGAUCAGGAAGGAAUUAAAGCGUGCAUAGGAAAGUGUGUGGAUUUCAUAUAUAUAUAUAUAUAUGUAAUACAUUUUAUAUAAUGGAAAUUUUUUGUUUUAAAAUAAGCCCAUGUCCUGCUGUAUCAGUAAACUAGUACUCUAGUUUCAUCCUUCUUCAGCACUGCAUCUAGCAUAAAGUGAGGGAAUGUUUGGUCAUUGGAUCAUUUUGCAGGGAAAAGAAGUAACUGCUACGUGAUGAUGUGCCGUAUGUGACCUCGUGUCUCCUCAGGCCCUGCUGGAGCGGUGCCCUUGAGAGGCUCCCGGCCCCAUGGCCCCCUCGGGCUGUGCCAGCACUCCAUGCCGGGUCCUCCCCACGCAGGUCCACCCCGGCCCCCUACAUCAGCCCUUCUCAGCCUUGAGCCUGCCCUGCGCGGUGGGUCGGUGGCUGUGAUGGCCUCCUUGGCGCCGGUGGCAGGGGACACACUGGAGAUUGACCCAUCAAGUGCUGGUUUGCACAUGUUAAUUUGAGAUCUGAAGUUGGUCUGGCAGCUCCAGGUGUUGAGCUGUGCCUGCUGAAAAGCUGCGAAAUCCUGCGUAGCAGGAACCUCAGUGUUAGACAGAGAGUGUACGUGAAAUGUGAAGCAGCGUUACUCGCGCUGCUGUUCCCAGGCCAUCUUACGAUGCAGUGAUACCACUGGCAAAUGGCAUUCGAAGUGAGGAAUAUCAGCAAACCCCUUACUGUCUAGAGAGGUUCUUCCUGGUGUGUGACAGGUUGACCCUUAGGUUUAUAUAGUGCCUUUCAUCCAGAAGGAUCUCCAAGCACUUUAUUAGCCGACACACAAACUCCAGGCUGGGCUGCAGCUGGGGCAGGUCACCCUGCCCGUAGCCUGGUCAGCCAGCACGGUGGGAUGCUGGGGGCCCUCCUGCCUGUCCCCACGCUGCUGGGGAGUUUCCUUCCACGCCACCCUCCCGGUGCCUGGGAGGACCCUUGUGGUCUGAGCCUGUGCCGAAGGAGAAGCGAAGACUCUCUGAACCAAGAGGAAGAGCUGAGCAAAGCAGGGGUGACGGCGAUGCUCCUAAUGUCCCUCCAGGGUGUAGGCAGGAAAAGAAAAGCCUCAAAUUAACUUUCCAGAACAAUCUCUGCUUGAACAGAAGUUCACGAUGCUGACAGUGAGGGUCCCUGCGGUGGAGGGGAGGAGAGCCCUGGCUGGUGCCAGGUGCGGGAGCUGAUGGCACCUGCUGCUGAGCCCUCUUGGUCAGGGAUCUCGGCAAGUCUCUCCUUUGCAAAUGCAUUCCCCCACCGCCUUCUUCACGGGAGAGAUCUGUCUGGGACACGUGCUGCACGAGGUGCCUUCCCCUGUGGCAUGACUGCCCAGGGCCCUGUUCUCUCCCCGGGUCUGCCCUCCAGCCAAGCCAAGGCGAGGGGUAACGUGGGGCACGGCACUUAGGCAGAAGGAUUAUGCCUUGGCUCCAGCAGCCGCUCUUUACUGAGACUCAGCUCUAACCCUAAGGGUUGUUUCUAUGGCAGAGCAAUGGGGACAUCUCUCUCUGCAUUGGCAGGAUCGGCAGGCUAGAGGCAGCCAGUUCAUACUGCGGAUAACAGAAAGAGGCUAUAUACAUACAUAUCUAUCGAUAUCAGAUUUUUUCGUUGUCGUGGUUCCUGACAGUUGGACCCAGGAACCACAGGAGUCAACACUCCGGUUCCUGCAGACCGUGGCACUUUCUUGCAUCUCAGCCUCAGCACUGAUGGCCCUGGCAGGUUCACUGCCCGGUGCAGCCCCACGGCCCAUCUGCAGCUACUCACCGUGAUCACCUCCAGGGCCCAUCUUUUGGGAACAGCUGUUUUAUGGCAUGCUCAUGUGCAUACGCAGACUCCUGGCAGGAAUUAAGCCCUCUGUAUACACAGAAAUUGCUUAAUUUAUCUUUGAAAUGCAGCUACCUCUAUGGUGUAAUGCUGCAGCUGUUUAACUACAUAAUAGGCUGUUCAGGACAGCAAGCAUAAAACCAAAAUUGAAAUGGAAACUUGCCCAAAAGAGAAUUUGGCCAGCAUAUUUAGGCUGAUUCAGCUCCUAUUAACAAAAUAAAAUUCUAAUCGCCGCAAGAGGCCAUGGCACUCGUUAUAUCUAAAAACCGUAUUCCAGAUCCCUUCUCAUUACAUGCAUAUCGCAUUUCAUAAAUGAUGAUCACAGAAGAAGACUGCACGUUCACGGUCCCACCUCUCCACACAUGCGUGUUUCUCCCGUUACCCUUCAUUGCUGAAACAGAAAUGGGCUUUUGAAUUCAGAUCGCAGGUAAUGUAAAUUAGUAUGUCUACACGGCUUGCUCUUUAACUGAGCACACACAGAACAGUUUUCAUCAGCUGGCAAUUUAAUUCUCUGUUUUAUUAAGGCCAAAUUGUUAUUUUUCUAAAUUGGUUUUGUUGGACAGGAUUUUUUACUUCUCUAGUACAAAGCCGUGAAUAAGCUUAAACAAGGGGGAGGUGUAUUUGAAGAUACGGUCAUCAUGUACCAACACAGCCCGUUAGUGAGGAUUUUUCUUCUCCUUCCCUUCCUCUUCUUUCAUUCAACACGGCAUUUCCCAUUCCUAAAGCCGAACUGUCAUACAAGUUUAUUUGUGAGAUGAAUUGUUGCAAAGCUUCGGGCUAAGUUCUGGUCUCGGUUGUAUUCAAAUCAAUGCAAAGAAACUGAAAUGAGAAGGAAAUGUCAGAUUCGGAUCAGUAUAAUUCGCAUCAGUAUCCGACUCAGCAAGUCCUGCUGGGGCAGGAAGGACUCACUGUUCAAGUUAGCGAGCGCAUGGUUACUUUGCAGGAUGUAGUUUUUCCUUUCAGGUAGGUCACAGUCAAGCAGAGGGCUUGGUAGUGGGUUCAGGUCUCUGACAAUAGUCCUCACAAAGAAAUACUAGCUUUGUUUAUAAUUACCCGUGGAAUCCACAUGCUCAUAUCCAUGCUUUGAUUUACCCUUUGGAGGUUGAACAGUACGGCCAUCUCAUUUUAAAAGGGCUCAGCAUGUAUGUAUUCUUUAGUUCAAUUUUUAUAUUGAUUUCCUGAAUUAAGAAAAUUUCCCUUUCAAGUAGCCUGACUUAUACUGCUCUAGAACUGUUCUUUCCUGAAGAAAAGCCACUAUGACUGUGCAGGAUUUUCUGUACAGAGACAAAACUCAUACUUUCAUUUACCAUGUGACAUGCCAAAAUAAUCAAGUGUGGCCUAAGGACUAAAUUAAAUGCCUCCUAUAGAAUUUCAAGGAAUGUUAGAACCAGGAAACUAGCUGUUUAGUUAUCAUUAAAAGUAUAUAUAAAUAUAUAUAAAUAUAUAUAUACAUAAGAAAUCAUAUCAACAAUGAGGAUGAACUGAGUGCCAAAUAUUCACCAUCUGUAUAAAGCUACACUUCACUAGAAUUAAACUAUUUUAUGUAAUUCUCUUUCUCAUGCUUUUAUGGUUCUUUUGAUAAAUUCUAUUUAGUAGCAUGCAGGAUACCUAAAUUGAAUGUACAGUAUGUUGUUUCAUUGCUACAAUAAUUUCUUGCUUCUCAGUAAUAUCUUCUUUACCAGAAUGUUAUUUGUUACUUUGAAAACAUAUUUGAGAAUUGUUUUAUUAUUGAGUUAUUCUUUUUUCAUGAUUCUCUAUUCACCUCCAGCUGAUUGUAAGAAAAUGUGCUUCACUAUUUUGCCCCAUGGCUCUUUUAUGAAGCUGCCUCUUUCAAUUGGUUUAUGUAUUGUUUAUGUUCAUCUCCUGUAAAUAAUUCUGCAAUUAAA